AUGGCUUAUAUCCGGCCGGAUCCUCCUAAUGGAGGAGGCAGAGCAUGCUGCGGAACUUUCCAAUACUAUUAUCGGAGUGCCAUGCUCCCUGACCAAACUGCAUCACAGCUUGCUUGGAUCACAACUUUGCAGAUCGCUUUUUUCUUCGCAUGCGGGCCAGCUGUGGGCAAACUUGUGGAUGUGUAUGGUUCACGAGCAGUCAUCGCGCCAUUCGCUGCGCUGGCCGUCAUAUCACUUGGUACGCUGAGCCUCUGCAGUGAGUACUACCAAGUACUCCUAGCUCAGGGGGUUGCUUUUGGAAUCGCAGUCUCCGGGACCUGUUUGCCCGCAAUAGUUACGGUGUCCCAGUGGUUCUCAACCAAAAGAGGAUUGGCUGUUGGUGUUGCAAGCUGUGGAAGUAGCGUUGACAGGAAGAUCUCCCAGGAUAUAGAGCCAGAUGAUUCUGAAUCGGUUAGGAAUAAAGCGGAGGAGGUUGUAUUGGAUUCUCCCGUGCUCGAGACUGCGAUACCACCAAUCAACGAAGAGAAAAACGCAAAGGGGAUGGGCGUCCUGCUUCAACGGAAACCACUUGGAUGGGCGGGUUUUGUUCUGGGGACCUUCUUCUUCAUGUGGUCAUUCUUGGCGCCUUUCAACUAUCUCCCUCUGAUGUCAGUUGCCACUGGAAUGUCUCCGGAUCUUGCGCAGUACACUCUCACAGUAACCAACGCCGGUUCAAUGUUUGGUCGUGUGGGCCUGGGGGCUGUGUCCGACAAAUUGGGCGCAUUUAAUGUCAUGUGCAUUGUCACCACCUUCACUGCUACGUCAGUUUUAGCUUUUUGGCUCCCUCUCAGCAACAGCCCCUCCACGGUUGGUAUUUUUAUGUUUGGGGGAAUCUACGGGGUUGCUAGCGGCGGUUUUAUCAGUUUGAUCGCUCCUUGUGUUGUUUCUCUCGCAGAUAGCCAGCUGGAGAACCUUGGCAUUACGUUCGGGCUUGUGUGUAUAGGCCUUGCAUUUGGCGCACUUGUCGGCUUACCAGCAAUGGCCGCUGUGAAAGACAGCGCUACCUCUCACAGCUUUGAAGAACUAAUUGUCUUCACAGGGGCAGUAUUGGCUGUCGGCUCGGUCUGCAUGAUCUUCUCCCGCUAUAUGAAAGGCGGAAUCAAUAUCUGGACCAAAGUCUAA